UAUUUUGUCGUCAGAUGUCACUUUUAAGUACGCCAAAUUUUAAAAAAUUUUAAUAUAUUGAUUGAUUGACAAUUAUUUAAUAUAAAAAUUUUUAGUAUAAUAAAACAAUAUAAAAAUAAAUUAUGUAUUAUGUCUGGGGAAAUCCAUUGACACGUUUGUCAAUUCCCAGAUCAAAUCAAUUGAGUAGAGUUAUUAUUCGUCCAGAAUCAUCAUUAUUUAUUGGUGGUAAUAACAAAAAUAAAAAUAAUAAAAAAAAAUUAAUUGGAAAAAGAAAACGUCAUGUUUAUGUUUAUGAUCCAGAAGAAGUAAUUAUACAUGAACCUUACAUGUUGUCACUUUAUCGUGAAUACAAUGACGAGCCAAUAGUAUCAUGUGAUUCAACUGUUGAAAUACCCUGGAAAGAUAUUGUUCUUUCUAUGGCUGAUGUUAAAUUACAACAAGAAAAAAAUAAAAAUAUAAAUCAAAAAUUAGCUAAUCAAAAUGAUGACAAUGAUGUUGAUGAAACAAAUAGCAAAUCAACAAAUAUUAUGGAACUUCCUUGGAAUGAAUUAUUGGUAACAGAAGUAGUUGAUACAAGACAUGUUGAUGAUGAUGAUGAUGUUGAUAAACCAGUUAAAGAUUUAAUAAACUGUGACUCGAGUGUUGAGAUACCCUGGGGUGAACUUGAACUCAAACAACCAGUUGAAAUAUGUCCAUUACCUGUUGUUGAGCAAUGUACAUCUAAUGAUGACAUUGAAAUACCUUGGGAUGACAUUAUGACACCAAAAAAUAUUGUCAUUAAAAACAAUAAAAAUAGAAAACAUGUUUCAAUUAGAAAAAUUAAAAAAUUAAAUAACAAAAAUAAU